AUGGCACGCGGCCGGGAGACGUCUUUGGUGCUCCACCCGCACGCAUCGACGUCCUCGCAACGUGGCGGCUUCGUCGGGCAACGCGCCUCCCCCCACUGGCAGCUAGUGCUAGUGCCAGGGCACCACAAUGGCAAGCCCUCCAGCGCGCGCACUCUCCUCAUCGGCCGCCAUGCACCGCGUGCUGACGGUAAGCCGCCUCUCGCUGCGUCCCUGCGCCAGGGAGGCUACGCCGGUCUCGCCGUCCCUGCACCAGCCGCCGCGUCCCCCCUUGUCGGCGCGAAAUGCUCGAGAGGAUGGCGGCGGCAAUGGGCGGCCCGGAGAUGGAUCGAUGACGACGUCAGCGCUCAGCGCUCGCUGGUCGCCGUCCCAGCGGACGGACGUUGUUUGCUUGCGACGACGACGACAACGGCGACGGCGGCGGCAAGCUCGACGGACGCGUGCAUCCGUCCGCUAUCGAUGGGCGUCGCCGCGCAGCUCCACUCGGACUACAAAUUACGCAACGCUGGGACGUGCAGUUCGCCGCUUCGUGGCUUCGUCGACGGCGCAGGUGACCUGCCUGCCCUCUCGCGGACACUGCCCAUCGGCUGGGGUAGUGCCCCUGCAGGCUGCCCACAACGCGCGACCCGUGGACUCGUCGGCAUCUGA